ACUUCCGCAAACUCUCAUAGAAUUCAAAACUUCCGGUUUAGUCAAACGACGAAGUCUAUUUUGAUAUUUUGGCUAGCUAGCGACCUAGUUUAUGAAAUAAGUUUAAUAGUAAUUUAUUAACACCGCAAUCAAAAUGGGGAAGCGUCAACAUCAGAAGGAUAAAAUGUACAUCACAUGUGCUGAGUACACCCAUUUCUAUGGUGGGAAAAGAUCAGAAAUUCCAAAGUCAAAUUUUCGACGUCUUCCAUUUGAUCAUUGCAGCUUGUCUCUGCAGCCGUUUGAAUAUCCCAUGUGCACUCCUGAGGGAAUCGUCUUUGACCUGCUGAGCAUCGUUCCUUGGAUAAAGAAGUUUGGCACCAAUCCCAUCUCUGGAGAGAAACUGGAAGCCAAGUCCCUCAUCAAGCUAAACUUCGCCAAGAACAAUGAUGGUAAAUACCACUGUCCCGUCCUGUACACAGUCUUCACAAACAACUCCCAUAUCGUCACCAACAAGCUCACUGGCAAUGUGUUCUCUCACGAGGCUGUGGAACAGCUCAACGUCAAGACAAAGAGUUACAGAGACCUGCUGUCUGAUGAACCAUUCACCAGACAGGACAUCAUCACCCUGCAGGAUCCCACCAACCUGGAUAAGUUCAAUGUCUCGGACUUCUUCCACGUCAAGAACAACCUCAAAGUACUGGACCCUGAUGAGGAGAAGGCAAAGCUGGACCCUGGUUACCACCUGAAUAGCACUAACCUGGAGACCAGAGAGACACUGGCUGAGCUCUAUAAGGAUUAUAAAGGAGAUGCUCUGCUGGCCUCCACCAUGAAGGAACCACAGGCCAAAAAGACUGACAAACUUAACGCGGCUCAUUACUCUACUGGUAGAGUGUCUGCUUCCUUCACCUCCACAGCCAUGACCCCUGCUACCGAGCACACUGCGGAUGCGAUCUCAGACGACAAGGUGCGGUAUUCCUAUGUGAAGAAGAAAGGCUAUGUCCGCCUCCACACCAACAAGGGAGACAUUAACCUGGAGCUGUACUGUGACAAGGUUCCCAAAGCAGGAGAGAACUUCACCAAGCUCUGCAAGAAGAAUUAUUAUGACGGAACUGUCUUCCAUAGAUCUAUCAGGAACUUCAUGAUCCAAGGAGGAGACCCAACUGGGACUGGUUUAGGAGGAGAGUCAUUCUGGGGUAAGCCCUUCAAAGAUGAGUUUCGUCCCAACCUGUCCCACACGGGGCGAGGGGUUCUCAGUAUGGCCAACUCAGGACCCAACACCAACAAGUCCCAGUUCUUCAUCACCUUCCGGUCGUGUCCCUACCUGGACAGGAAACAUACUGUGUUUGGAAGGGUGGUGGGAGGCUUCGAGGCUCUGACAGCCAUGGAGAACAUAGAGGCUGAUCCCAAAACAGAUAAACCCAAGUCUGAGAUCAAGCUGCUGAGUGCCACUGUGUUCGUGGACCCGUAUGAAGAGGCAGAUGCCCAGAUUGCAGCGGAGCGCCAGAAGGAUUUAGAGAAGCAAGAAGAGGAUAGAGCUCAGACCAGUGUGUCUCAGAGGAAGACUAAAGCAGACCAGGUUCCCAAGACCUUCAAGGCUGGCAUAGGGAAAUACAUUAACCCUGCGACCACUACCACCACGAAGCGUCCAGCAGCAGAGGACAGCGGACCGUCCAGCAGUGGGGCGACCAGCGGAGCCAAGAAGGCCAAAGGAAAGACUGGCUUUGGAGACUUCAGCUCCUGGUAACUCCAUGGACACACAGCCCCUUGGACUAGCUCAUGGACUCCUUCUGUGUCCCAAAUGGCACCCUGCUCCCUAUAUAGUGCACUACUUUAGACCAAGGCCCAUAGAACACUGUAGUUCUGGUCAAAUAUAUAGGAAAUUAGGUAACCAGGCUUUGGUUAAAAGUAGGGAAUAGGCUUCCAUUCUGGAUGUACCCCCUGGUACCCUGAUGAUAUUACCCCCCCCUGCCAUUCUGGAUGUACCCCCUGGUACCCUGAUGAUAUUACCCCCCCCUGCCAUUCUGGAUGUACCCCCUGGUACCCUGAUGAUAUUACCCCCCCCUGCCAUUCUGGAUGUACCCCCUGGUACCCUGAUGAUAUUACCCCCCUGCCACUACCACUCACCCCCUGGUACCCUGAUGAUAUUACCCCCCUGCCAUUCUGGAUGUACCCCCUGGUACGCUGAUGAUAUUACCCCCUGCCACUACCACUCACCCCCUGGUACCCUGAUGAUAUUACCCCCUGCCAUUCUGGAUGUACCCCCUGGUACCCUGAUGAUAUUACUUCCCUGCCAUUCUGGAUGUACCCCCUGGUACCCUGAUGAUAUUACCCCCCUGCCACUACCACUCACCCCCUGGUACCCUGAUGAUAUUACCCCGCUGCCAUUUGCCUCUCAUGGACAUUUUUUAUUUUUUUAUUUUCUGAGUCGUGAAUUAUAUAGAAUGUUGUCUUUCACUUAGUAUGACAUCAAAUAAUGUUGGCUUUCUAAUGAUGCAUUUGUUUUUUUUUAUUUGUGUUUUUAAUAAAUUCAAGUUUUUCCAGUA